CACUCCUCUGUUGAUUGCAUGCUACUACGGAAGUUUGAAAAUGAUUUUGUUUCUCCUUAAGAAUAAAGUGUCUAUUGACAUGCAAACUAAUAUUGGUUACACUGCUCUUCACCAGGCAGCUCAACAGGGGUCUCUCGAGUUUGUUCAUUUGUUAUUGGAGGCUGGAGCCAAUCCAGAUAUUUUGUGCUAUGAAAAUCAAACUGCUCUGGACAUUGCAAGACUGUUUGAUCAUCCCGAAAUUGUCAAUGUUCUCUCCGCUUGUACGACUGCUGAGACAUCUGGGCCAAUAUCGAAAGAAAGCCGAAUUGUUGGAGCACCUACGGGAAUAUAUGAAAGCAUUUACAUGGAAUCUGAAGAGGAAACAAGUGACGCUCAUACAUUAAGAAGACUUCUACGUUUCCCAAAAUAUGUUGACAAUUCUUCAAAUUUCCUGAACAGUACAUAUCCCGUUGGUCAGUCAUUUGAUGGAGUAUCUGCUACAAUUGUUACUACCGAUAUAAUAUUUUUGUAG